AUAAGGUCUGCAGAAACAAGCAAGAAAACGGAGCACGAUCACAGACUCGACAACCAUGUCUUUCUUAACCUACAUCACCAUCCUCUCACUGCUGGCUCUGGCAGACACGCUGCCCUCGGACGCCGCCUCCACUGCCGUGGCGCCACCUCCACUCCGCGCCCCUCGCGGCCCGGCCACCGUCGCGCAGUUCCUGUCCGCGAUCAACGCCGCGCGCGCCGACGCCGGGGUGCUGCCACUGUCGUGGAACACGACCGUGGCGCAGCGCGCCAAGCUGCAAUUGAGCUGGCUCCGUGCCUCGGCUGGGUGCGACCUGAGCAAGAAGGACGGGUACCCGACACGAUUGCAUGAGGCCAUGACCUUCUUCCGCGGCCCCAACAGCCGCCCGACGCCCGCGGACGCGGUGGCGACGUGGGUGUCCGAGCGGCAGUGGUACGACCGGGGUACCGACGCGUGCGCGCCCGGCCAGGAGUGCGGUAGCUACAAGCUGGUGGUGGCCCUGGAGUGGCGGCAGCUCGGGUGCGCCCUGGUGGCGUGCCCGUCCGGCGGCGCGGUGGCGGCGUGCGCGUACCUACCGUAGGGGGGCACCGGGCCAAGGGCCGAUACGGUUCGGUGACUUGUUGGAGCAAUAAAAAUGUCGGGCUUCGUUUUCCUUCUGAAUUUUCUCACUAUAUA